AUGUAUGCCUCUUCGCGGAAGAGCAAGACGUCGCACAAGGGCCAUGGAGAGAAGGAGAAGGACUCCGUCGACCCACUGGUGGACGGCACCGACUUGAUCCAACAGCUUGUCGAGGUCGAGCUACUGCUGGACUCCACUUCCGAAGCUCGCUGGCUGGCGAAUCUGGGCUAG